AUGAUAAUACAAACUUUAAUUCUUUGGGGGAAAAAACCCAUACAUAAAUAGCUUUUCUUUUUAACUAUAUUUUAUGAUCAAACAUGAAUUCAAUAGUGCAUAAUAACAUAUGAAAUUCUUUGUAGAUCAAAGAUUAUCUAAAAAUAGUGAUGUUGGUGUAGUUGUGUUGUCUUAGUGAAGUAUUAUUGACAAAGCUUUACCGUAAAAAAAUUAAAUGGGCCAUGGUAGAGUCUUCACGAUGUCAUAUUUUAAUUGAUUGCGGCUUGCUCAGGUCUUUGAUUCAAUACUUCUGAAUAUCUGAACAUUCUCUUUUGUGUUUGUGAUCAUGGACCGUCCCUUCUUUAUCGUCCUCACUCUCCCUACGGUGUUUGUUGAGGGUCACCGAUAUCUCCAAGCGACCCACACGCAUUGUCUAUUUACCUUAAUUAAAAGCUUGGGAGGCACGAUGUUUUUCACUUUAACACUGGUUCAUAUAUAUAAAUUCUGUUUCAUGUAGCACUAUAUUAACAUCGGUGAAAAUCGUACGGUUGCGUCAUUUCGUUGGUUUUUUAAAUUUUGCCCCGAGAAGCCAGGAUUUAAUAACUUGAUUCUGGUUGUGUCGCCUUUGAUAAAAUUACAUUCGAUCUUAUCAGAAGCUAAUAGCCUUAAAUAUGAUUCAAUCCCGUUUUUUCCACAUUUUCUUUCCACAGACAGACCACAGGACAUUUAAAAUGAAAACAAAGCCACAGAGGUGUUGUUUAGCGUUAUUAACUCUAGAUAUCAAUCAAAAUGUGACGAUCUCUCGGAUGAUAGCUUCUUUUUUUCUCAGCUAAUGGUAUUCAAAGUUUUCUGAAUAACGAUUAACCAUUUAGCUUGUCUCAUCUCACAUUUUGCUGACUUAAUGUAUCAUAGACGAGUUCCUCCACUUUGCACGAUGCAAAACUUUAAAAGAUAAUUAUUCUAUACAAUACUUACUUUGUAGAUAUUUCUUUUAAAGAAUAUUUUCUUAAAAACAAUUUGGAAUUGAAUUCCAGUGAUCACAGUCUGCACUUAAAUUUAUGCAAUGUUCAGACGGAUAACGGGGAAUAUUGCGAGUGGUUUUAAACAUUAUUUACUCCACCACUUUUAUUUAGGACAUACAUCGAAGCAUUAUCUAUUGUAAUAUUAUUGUAUAUACCGGUAUUAUCAGAAAAAGUGCUACUGAAUAACUAAAAUUACCCUGUGGUACCUAUUCGUAUUAUGGUAGUAGUAAACAGCGCGAUGUUUUAAAUUCCUGAAUAUGUAGUGACUCCAUACAGAAGCGGCUAGUACCAGUAGUACUAAGGCACACCUGACGGGUUAAAAACAUACACAAAUCCACUUUCUCCCUAACACAUUAAUAUAGUCAAAGACAGCGUAUUCAUAACAAAAACCUUUCUAUAAAAACAUUUACCACAAAUUAUUGUUUAAAAACUUCUAAGGUCAUCUUCCUCCUGUUAAAAGAAACUUUUCUUCUCUAUUGAGUGACCUUUAUAGACAGGUUUGACUUUACAAAACAUGUGUAUCUAUAUUCACGGCUAUAUUUCGAUCCAUCAGUUAUAUAUAAAUAAAGUUAUAAUCCUGCAGACAUGCUUAGGUAUUGAUAUCAUGGGUGUGGUUAUUAUCAGUAUUUCCAUGACUUAAAGAUACCAUAUCAGCCAGGCUGUUUACGUAUAUUCCACCUGUUUCUCAAUUAUGUUAAUACAGAGAAAGCCUCGCCAGAGACGGGUUCGCUGCACAACGCAUAUCUCCGCCAUGCCACAAGCGGUUUUCUGUCUCCUUCUUUUGCUUGCAAGAGGAAGUUUGACGACUGCAUCUAGACCGGAAUUUAUAUCAGCUGGUCACUUUCUUAAUGCAAACUCCAGACCAUUGUCUGGUCAAACGCUCGGUAAUCAUGGACCGUAUAUGUUUCAUCAGAGACCAAUGUUACCCAGUCAAAAUGAAAAUGAAGUAAGUAGACCAUCGAAUAAUGCUGGUGUAGCAUUUGCCCCACAAUUGAUACACGACUAUUUCAAACCUGGCAAAGAAUCAUACGGCCAAGGAUCGCUUGAGCAGCAAAACAAAUGGCCGUCGAACUUCAUGGCAACAAGGCCGAAGCCCAUCCAAAUGACCCUGGCUAAGAACAGCAGACCUAUGUUAGGGUUACUAAAACAACUUAUGGCCGGUAGAUUCCAUAUAGUGGCUGACGCCAUUCAUUUGGAUGCUGUACCGAUCAUCGAACGACCUAUGCAGCCGUAUAUAGAAGGUAUGAUUAUUGAACCAGACAGUUUAAUAACAAGUGUACAUAGCCACAUUGAACCAAUACAGCCAAUGCAUUUUGAAUUACCAGAAUCAGCCAGACCAGAACACGUUACUUCUUUGACGAAUGCCCGCCCAAACAAUGGUGUGCAGCAAGUCCCAUUCCAACUGCUUCUCAAAGAAUUCAAUGACUUGGCUGCGAAAAUUAAUUUAAAACCCAAUGAGCACGCGGUUACAUUUUCCAGCUUAUACCAAAAUUAUAUGAAGCUGCUCGAACAACAAAACAAAACAGCAUCUCCUCCUAUUUUAAAAACUACACUGCCCACAACGACUGCAAAAACAGAAUCAACAGCACCACCUACGACUUCGGAAACGAGGUCAACCAUAAUUAUGAACGUAACACCCACCACAUCCGAUAUUCCAAUGAAGACAAAAGAUGACUUUAACAUGAUCCAGACAUCAUUCAGCAAAGCUAAAGAUGAUAAGCCAGCCGUGUGGCUUCCGGGUAUGGGACCGGAAAUGACCUCACCGUAAUCGUUCUCGGAGAUAUCCACGGCGAAG